AUGGCAAGCCUCAAACAACUUUCACCCCUCUUACUUCCUCUCUUCCUCAUUUCCCUCUUCAGCUCCUCCCACGCCGGAGGAAUCGCCGUCUACUGGGGCCAAAACGGGAACGAGGGCUCCCUGGGCGACGCAUGCAACACCGGCAACUACAAGUUCGUCAACAUAGGAUUCUUGUCCACCUUCGGCAACGGCCAGACCCCGCAAAUCAACCUCGCAGGCCACUGCGACCCCGCCUCCAACGGCUGCACCCAGUUCAGCGACCAGAUCAAGGGGUGCCAGAGCCAAGGCAUCAAAGUGCUCAUCUCCCUCGGUGGCGCCAGCGGCAGCUACUCCCUCAGCUCCGCCGACGACGCAAAUCAAGUUGCCAACUACAUCUGGAACAACUUCCUCGGUGGGCAGUCCAGCUCCCGCCCACUGGGCGACGCCGUCUUGGACGGCGUCGACUUCGACAUCGAAUCCGGCGGUGGCGACCACUGGGGCGAGCUGGCGAUGGCCCUGAAAGCGUUCGGUUCGAUGGUCUUAAGUGCAGCACCGCAAUGUCCAAUCCCUGAUGCCCACUUGGAUACUGCCAUCAAAACCGGUCUCUUUGACUUUGUGUGGGUGCAAUUCUACAACAACCCUCCUUGCCAGUACUCAGAUGGCAACACCAACAACCUCAUCAAUUCCUGGAACCAGUGGACCUCAAGCGCAGCGAAGCAACUGUUUUUGGGAGUCCCCGCUUCUACGGCUGCUGCUGGAAGUGGGUACAUUCCCGCUGAUGUCUUAACCUCCCAGGUUCUUCCUGCCAUCAAAGGGUCUUCCAAGUACGGUGGAGUCAUGAUCUGGGACAGGUUCAACGAUGCUCAAAGUAAAUACAGUGACGCUAUCAAGGGAAGUGUUUAA